CGCACGUCCGGGAGCCGGGCCCAGGGCCUUUUCUCGAGGCGGGCGGGCGGGUCGGGUUGCCCCUCAGGCAGGGUGGCAGCACGUCUGAAGACCAGAGCCACUGUGAGGAGCCAGAGUCUGUGACCUCCGUCUCCGCCUGGCCGGGGCCCGUGACCGUCUCAGCAGCUGACGUCACAAGGAAGACUUGGGGGCCUGGGAGCGUGCAGGGGAGCUUUCCUCUGUGACUUGGAGCUUUAGGGUGGAAUGCUGCGGGUCCUCCUGUCUGGCCUGGGGCGGAGGGGAGGAACUCGGGGCUGGGCCUUCCGCUCCUGGCGAUGCCGUCUGCCUCAGGCUGGGUUGCUGAGUGCCACGGAGCUGGUCCAGGAGUGGACAGCAGUCUUUGAGAAGAGGGGCAUCCCUGAGGCCCGGGAAUCCAGUGAGUACAUCAUGGCUCAUGUCCUCGGAGCCAAAACAUUUCAGAGCCUGAGGCCGGCACUUCGGAGGCAGCCCCUGACCCCUGGGCAGCUACAGUGCAUCCAGGAACUGAGUAGCCGCCGACUGCAAAGGGUGCCUGUGCAGUAUAUCCUCGGGGAGUGGGACUUUCAGGGGCUCAACCUGAAGAUGGCACCCCCAGUGUUCAUCCCUCGGCCAGAAACAGAGGAGCUGGUGGGCUGGGUGCUGGAGGAAGCGGCCCAGAGGCCCAGUGCGGGGGAAGCCCAAGGAGGCCCCCUCAUCCUGGAGGUGGGCUGUGGAUCGGGGGCCAUCUCCCUCAGCCUGCUUCAUCAGCUGCCCCAGAGCCGGGUCAUUGCUGUGGACAAGGGAGAAGCCGCCGUCUGCCUGACCCGCGAGAAUGCUCAGAGGCUUCAUCUGCAGGACAGGAUUCAGAUCAUCCCCCUCGAUGUGACCUUAGAGGGGAGCUGGGCACACCUUCUGCCCUGGGGCCCUGUGGACCUGAUCGUCAGCAACCCUCCCUACGUCUUCCACCAGGACAUGGAGCAGCUGGCCCCUGAGAUCCGCAGCUAUGAAGACCCAGCAGCCCUGGACGGCAGAGAGAAGGGCAUGGACAUCAUUGUACACAUCCUGGCGCUGGCCCCUCGGCUCCUGAAGGACUCUGGAAGCAUCUUCUUAGAAGUGGACCCAAGACACCCAGAGCUGGUCGGCAGCUGGCUUCAGGGCCGGCCCGACCUGUCCCUUGACCUUGUGGCUGUGCGCAGGGACUUCUGCGGGAGGCCCCGGUUCCUGCACAUCCGGAGGUCCGGGUCCCCGGGUGGCUGUCCUGUGGGUGCCUGGCCAGGGCCCCAGCCCGCCAGAGUGCCUGGAUGACACUUCUUCCCGGAAUGUUCCUUGGAGAGAGGGGGGUGGGGCCUUUCAGAGCCCUGGACGCUUGGGGCAUUUCCCAUGACCCUGGGAUUCCCCUGCUUUACGUUUCUGGGAGGCUGGGGGGAAGGAAGUAUUGCAGGGUGUCCUUCCUGGGGCAGCAAAGAGCAAGGGCAUCCACAGUCCAGCUCAGGAGCUGAGCAGACCCGGGUUCCCCGUCUGGCUCUGUCACACCAGCGUGGCCAGUGCAGGCUGCUCAGCGUCUCUCUGGGUGGAGCAGCUCUGGGGAUGUUCGUUCGGAGAUGUGGCCAAUAAAGUGUCAAGAGACUGGCCCUGGCUGGUGUGGCUCAGCUGGUUAGAGCGUAGUCCCAUGCACCAAAAGGUUGUGGGUUCCGUCCCCAGUCGGGCCUGUGAGAGACAACUGAUCAACGUUUCUCUCACAUCUGUGUUUCUCUCCCUCUCUCCUUCCCUUCCCCUCCCUCUAAAAUCAAUAAGCAUGUCCUUGGGUGAGGAUAAAAAAAUAGAGAAACAAAAAUAAAGUGUCAGG